CACAACCAGGAGCAACAGGAAUGGGUUCCUUUGCUAAUGGCCAGAAUGGUUCGGAGCUUGGCAUCCAGAUGCCGGCCAUGGGGAGCAGCGCGGUGCCGGAGCCUCCCACAACAUCUGUAGCAGUAAGAUGUCCACGGCUGGACAUGGCCAUGGUGGCCACCAGAGCUGCAGCCCUCGUGAUGGCGCUGCUCUCAAUGUCGCUCAUGGUCUCCGCCAAGCAACGGGGUAGUCUCAUCAUCUUUGGCAUCGAGAUUCCACUGUAUGCCAAAUGGUCCCUCUCUGAUUCGAUGAAAUCCUUGGUUGGGCUAUCUGCGGAAGCAGCUGCCUACUCUCUGGCACAACUUCUGUCGAUUGCGUACAAGGCCUUGAAGAAAGUCCCUGUGGUUCCAUCCAGGCGCUAUGCCUGGAUGCUGUUAGCUGGUGAUCAGGUAUGUUAUGAUCAUUUUGAUCUGAUUAUGCAUUUUCUGGUAAUUACCAUUGUUAUUUGUGCUCCGAUGAUUAGAUUUUAUUUUUUUAGUCAUGUUGUUUCAUACUUUAUUUCCCUGUUUGUGAUGUCUGCAUAAAAGUGACAGUUUCCUCUAUGUUAUGUAAUACUCUUAUGUAUUUUAUGGGCGGGUCAGUAGCCAGUACUAGUUUAGGCGGUUGGUUGAGUUAGUUCUAAGUUACGACUGAAGAAAUCUCAUGCUAGCAACUGUCAUCUUAGUACAAAAUUUAUUUAGUCCCUUGUCACUAGCUUGCCAUGUCUAUAUGUUGGCUACAUAAAAAUAGUUCCGUUACUUUUUUCUUUUCUUGAAUGUGCAUCAUUUUGUGUUAGGAGGAAUCACCAAAGAUGGUGAGAGUCUUUACAAACCAAACAAAAAACUUGAAGUUGGAAAAAACCCCGCAAAGAGAACAACAAACUAGCAAAAGAAGGAAGGAAGCGGUAAAAAAGUUUCCUUGCUUGAUUUAGAUGGAAUGUUUGUCACUAGCCACAAAAGACUACAGAAAAUGAAUCCUUUUUAUAGCUUACAGAGAAAUUAUUCUUUUUUUGUGUGCAUGUGAGUGUUCAAUGUUGCAAAGUAUUCCCAUUCUGUCCUUUAUCACUGUACACUGAUAUCACUUUAUAAACAUAUCACUUUUUUGUGCAUGUGAGUGUGCAUUUUGUCACCUAGUCUUAUGCAUUUGAGGAAUACACUGAUAUCACUUUAUAAACAUAUUUUAGAUAAGUAUAUUCUGCACUUUUAUUAGAAAUAGGCACGAGCAAAAUUGAGUAUCAUGUACAUGCGCGGCGGUAUAGGGAUUCAAUUGUGCUAAAUAUACAAUAAAAAGGAUUGUUAUGCGGUCUGACCGAUAAAAAGGGAACAAUGUAUGUUG